AUGUUCAUAGCACGCAGCGAGUAUGAUCGUGGAAUCAACACCUUCUCGCCAGAAGGCCGUCUUUUCCAGGUCGAAUACUCCCUAGAAGCCAUCAAGCUCGGCUCAACAGCGAUAGGUGUCGCAACCGGCGAAGGUGUGAUCCUUGGUGUAGAGAAGCGCGUGACAUCCACCCUUCUUGAGACCAGCUCAGUCGAGAAGAUUGUCGAGAUCGACCGCCACAUCGGAUGCGCCAUGUCUGGCCUGCAAGCCGAUGCACGAAGCAUGGUCGAGCACGCCCGAGUCGAGAGCCAGAACCAUGCCUUCAACUACGCCGAGCCUCUGAGAGUAGAGAGCUGCACACAGGCGAUAUGCGAUCUUGCGCUACGAUUCGGCGAGGGUGCUGAGGGUGAGGAGAGCAUCAUGUCGAGACCAUUCGGUGUGGCGCUGUUGAUCGCUGGGUACGACGAGGACGGCCCAAGUCUGUACCACGCUGAGCCCUCUGGCACAUUCUACCGCUACGACGCCAAGGCAAUUGGCUCCGGAUCCGAAGGCGCACAAGCAGAGCUGCAGAACGAGUUCCACAAGUCGCUUACCCUGCCAGAAGCCGAGGUCCUUGUCCUCAAGACGCUGAAGCAGGUCAUGGAGGAGAAGCUGGACAGCAAGAACGUGCAGCUGGCGAGUGUGACCAAGGACAAGGGCUUCCGGAUCUACACCGACCAGGAGAUGGAGGAGGUCGUUGGAAGGCUGCCUACAAACUAG